GUGAAUAACAUCAAUGUCCUUACGUCAGUCUGUGGGUGUGUCUGUAUUGGUGAGGGGUAUUAUCUCGUCAGUGGAUGUACAGCAGAUGGAGAACUGGAGAUACUACAGUCUAGGAGAUAGCACUUGUAAGGCCCUGAUAACAGCUGUCUGUUGAGCAACACGGAGGCACGCCAAGAUAACAGACAACCAAAUUGUUUAAAAUCGACUCACGUUCAGCUUGUUAGUGCGACAGAUUCGGCUUGGAAACAUUAACUUCCUCAGCAUAAUUUAUAGCGAACAAACUACAAACGACUUUAUUAUUCCUACUUUGGUAAAACUUAAGUACACGGGCAUGGACUCGCCUGAGAAGACCAGUGUGAGGAACUUCCUGCUUCAGUAUCUGGAGGAUCGAAACUACACCCACCUCCUGCAGUGGGUGAAGAAGGAAGAGUCUUCUUUCAGGGUCUUGUGGCUUCAUGCAGGUCGGGCCACUUUCGACAGAGAGAGACACCAGGCUCUGUUCUACGCCUAUCGGGAAUACAGGGGUCUCCCAGGCCGUAAGAGCUUGGAGGACCCAAAACAGUGCUUCGGGAUGGCCCUUAAGAAGUCGCCGUCAGUAAGGCUUCUGUCCAAGGAACCUGACGACGACUGGAGGCACUACCAAUUUACCAGCCAGGGGGCCUCUCAGGACUACCCUGGUAUAACAGCUUCACUUAGGAAGAACUUGAUCAAGAAGUCUCUUAGAUGCCAAAGUCUAGACGCAAAUCAAGUAUUAGAUUUCAACAACAAUAUGAAGAACACUCCACAAUCCAUCCAACCUUCCACUCCAAACACUCCACAAUCCAUCCAACCUCCCACUCCAAACACUCCACAAUCCAUCCAGCCUUCCAUUCCGAACACUCCACAACCUAUCCAGCCUUCCACACAGCCUUACCGAGACCAACCACAGUACUAUCCACAUUUUUCUCAACACCAACGCCUAAGACAACAAGUGGGGAUACGCCGAUGGUCCCUACCCAACCAACAGCUGUCAUCUUCAAGUGUACACCCUGCAGAGAAUCCCCAACAGCAGCUUCAGAAUCACCAACAGCAGCUUCAGAAUCCCCAACAACAGUUCCAAAAUCCCCAACAGCAGGUUCAGAAUCACCAACAGCAGGUUCAGAAUCACCAACAGCAGCUUCAGAAUCACCAACAGCAGCUUCAGAAUCCCAACAGCAGCUUCAGAAUCCUCAACAGCAGCUUCAGAAUCACCAACAGCAGCUCCCAACAGCAGCUUCAGAAUCCCCAACAACAGUUCCAGAAUCCCCAACAGCAGGUUCAGAAUCCCCAACAGCAGCUUCAGAAUCACCAACAGCAGGUUCAGAAUCCCCAACAACAGUUCCAGAAUCCCCAACAGCAGGUUCAGAAUCACCAACAGCAGGUUCAGAAUCACCAACAGCAGCUUCAGAAUCCCCAACAACAGUUCCAGAAUCCCCAACAGCAGGUUCAGAAUCACCAACAGCAGGUUCAGAAUCACCAACAGCAGCUUCAGAAUCCCCAACAGCAGCUUCAGAAUCCCCAACAGCAGCUUCAGAAUCACCAACAGCAGCUUCAGAAUCCCCAACAGCAGCUUCAGAAUCCCCAACAGCAGGUUCAGAAUCCCCAACAGCAGCUUCAGAAUCCCCAACAGCAGCUUCAGAAUCACCAACAGCAGCUUCAGAAUCCCCAACAGCAGUUCCGGAAUCACCAACAGCAGCUCCAGAAUCCCCAACAGCAGCUUCAGAAUCCUCAACAGCAGUUCCAAAAUCUCCAACAGCAGCACCAGAAUCCCCAACAGCAGCUUCAGAAUCACCAACAGCAGUUCCAGGAUCACCAACAGCAGUUUCAGAAUCACCAACAACAGCAAAAGAAUCCCCAACAGCAAUUCCAAAAUCUCCAACAGCAACACCAGAAUCCCCAACAGUGGCACCAGAACCCCCAACAGCAACCACAGAAUCCCCAACAGCAACACCCGAAUCACCAGCAACAGCACCCGAAUCAUGAGCAACAGUAUCGAAUGUUUCAGCAACCUGCGGUCCUUCAACAACCGAUCUCUUUACCCGUGAAUGUGAAGCCGACGAACAGUGCUUGUACGAGACACCGAGGAAGCUUACCUGAGUCGCAGUGGCCACAUUCGACGUCUCCCAUCACCCAGUACAUCCCAGUCUGUCAACCCAUGCAGACACGAAUGCAGGAGAGCUUACAAGGACAGUCUGUAGCAACAACUACUUUAGGAUGGUCCAGCAGUGUACCUCAGAGCGUGUCUGGAGAAGGUUGCUGGACCUACACCCCUUCUCCAUCUAACAGUCCGUGGUUUCAAUCGCCACAGACUUCGAGCAGCUCUCAGAUGGGUACAGAUGCCGCCCGUUUCUUCAGUUCUAAGAGUACAGAACUCCAGUGGCAUCUAGAAUAAGUGUUGGUUCUUGUAAUUUGUGUUGUGGUCUAUCCAAGGGGGAGAAGACUGCAAGAUGGCGGCGACCACAGAGAGCAAACAAGGACCAUUCAUAUAUUGACUAAGAUGUUUUGUGUUCCUUAGCCAAAUGAAAGCAGCAAAAACAAGCGCGGAGAAGACUUGUGAUGCUGCAGCGGGUAACUAUUAUAGCUCCACAUAUUGACGGCGGAUAAAUACAGACGUUGUACACCUCAGGGUUGAUUGUACAAAAUAAUGUUAACCAUGAUUUUUUUUUUUCUAUGUAAAUAUUGUAUCUUUAGUAAAUGUUCUUUUUUAAGUGUUUAUCAACUAAGAUCAACGUACCUAUUCACGAAAAGUUCUCUAUUAAAUGAAAAGGGACUGUGGACAAGCAGCUACACAGACACAAAGAUAAAUAUAAAUCACUAGAGCAAAUUAUCUAUCUAUAUUAUAUUAAAUAAGUCCCUUUAACCUAUAGUACAUAAUAAUUAUAAAUAUUUAUUAUGUUUAUUAGUGUAAAUUUAUGAUAAUUGCUGAAGCUUUUAAGUGUUUUCAACUU